CUGGCGGAGAGUUCGAACAUUGUGUUUUUCCCAUAUUAGAGUAAUUAAUGCCGUUCCCAUUGGAUGGAGAGCCGAGGGUAGACAACAUGGAACAAAAGACAACAGCAACAGCAGAACAGUCUGAGUGGAGGUUGUUGGACAGCGAGAGCGAUAAGUGAGAGCGAACUCAGCAGCAGAACAACAAAAAUACACCUGCUAGCUGAUAAGACAUUUGAAGGUAGACAAAACGUUAAUAUUUAACUUGGUCACUUGGCCGCGACUCAUUUGAGUUUCACACCUUGCGCGUUGCACGAAUCGAACGCGAGACGCUCUGUGUGUGCGCAUGCCGCAUGUGUCCGCUAUGUUAACAAAAGUAACGCUUAUCAGCCUAUUGCUGCUGCUGCUGCUGCUGUUGGCGCGGCACGGCGAUGGCGCCACUGUUACCUGGGGACAUGUCAACAAAUAUGCCAGCACGCUGCAUGCACAAGAUGUUUACCUGGGGCAGGUUAACAGUACGGAUGCGAAUGCGGAUGUGGAUGUGGCUGUGGUUGCCACAGCUGCCAGUGUGGAUGUUCGCGACGUUGCAUAUGGCUCACAGAAUUCCAGUGCAUUCGAUGGCUACACGAUAACGGCUGUGCACGCUUACGACAUGACCUUGCCGGGCGGCAACGGCGGCCAGGUGCGUUUGCUCAGCGGCGGCGUGGGUCAACAGCAUGCCGCCUUGCGUUUCCAGCGCUACGAACAGGUGCCCACGGCGCACUUUCAGUUGGUCAUCUACGGCGUCGCCUUGGGAUAGGUUCAAAUGUCGCUGCAACUUGAUUAAGUUGCAAUUAAACUUUGAGUUCGAUGUUGCCAACUUCCUGCUCGACAGACGGCAAAGCUAACUAAGUUUUUAUAAUGUCAUAAUUAAGAGCAUGAGUUGCGCUUAUUAACAGUGAAAAAUGUGAAAAUUCCAUUAUAAGUUAACGCACACAUAGACACACACACACACACACACACGCACACCUCGAACGUGUGAGACUUCAGCAGCGUCGGAAAUUAAUAUUGUGCGACAUCUGAGCAGUAGCUGCGGAUGUUGCUGCUGUUGCAGCUACUCGUAAUGAGAUGCAAAUGUACACUUAACCAACCACCCAACCACCUACCCACCCACACUCACACACACACACACACACUCUCACACACACAAACCCGCUUAGCGGUUUGGUUUUGCAGGCGUAAGUCGCUUUAAGCGCCCGAUAAAUGCAGUUUAAUUCAGCCACGCCCCUUUUUUCGCAUGCGCCCACUCAAAAUACAAUAUGGCACGUAAGAGGCUUUAGGCCGAUUAAGAAAUAAUUUAUGUGUGCGCUGUGCGCACUCGCAUCAUUCAAUAGCUCAGCAAUUGAAUUUACGCUUUGCUUUUGCACCUGUUCUUGCCUUGUUGACGCUACCUGGCGAUUACCUUAAUGUGUUCAAUCAGAGCCUCGUCUUAAUCUAUCAGAGAGCGUAGCUUGCAUAAGAUAUGAAUCAUAUGCAUCGUUAAAUAGUUAUUAACUUGAGCUUGAAAUAUUAAAGCAAACUUAAGCCUAAAGCAAAAUAAUUGAAUUAGUCAUGAGUACGAUAGGUGAGAUAUAUAAUUAAGCUGCAUCGGGUAUGUGGAAUAAAACUAGUCUAGAGAUUUAUUCAGUAUAUUCAGAUUAAGUUUUUAUAUGCUAAUCAACAACAAGUAUUUUUUUAUAAAGGAAAUGCCAAGCUCUUAAAAGAGGCUUACCAAUUAAGAGCAUAGCAAAAGGAAUUGCAAUACAACAAAAACUAUUUCAAAUAUGAUGUUGUUUUUGGUGUUAUUUUGAAGAGAAGAUUAUGACAUUAUAUAUAGUAGUAGUGCUGAUAGUGGAAGUGGAUAAGUAUCCAAGAUGCAAUAGAGUAAAAGCCUGCUAAAGCUUUGCAAGGCGGCAACUGACGAAGCACUACACAAUGCAAGUCAAAUUGCAUAUUAAAAAACAACCUAAAAUUUUAAUAAAUAUUUAUUUUCAAAUU